AUGGCACCAGCGAUCAUGUGUUUUGGAAGGAAACCCGUGGACCACAAGUCCAAGAAGAAUGAGGACAUUGAGAAGAACCUGCGCCUGGAUAGGAAGAAGGCGGAGCGCGAGGUGAAGCUCCUGCUGCUUGGUGCUGGUGAAAGUGGAAAGUCGACGGUUCUAAAGCAGAUGCGCAUCAUCAACGCGGGAGGAUUUGGCAAGCACGAGCGCCAGACAUGGCGCGCAACCAUCUUCAACAACUUGGUGUCCGCAUUCCAGACCAUCUACGCUGCCAUGCAGGAGGACGACACGGAUUUCGAGGACGAGGACUGCGUUCGAUACUCGGAGCUGGUCAACUCUGCGCCAGACAUUGGCACCGAAGAGCCCAUGCCUGAGGAAUUCUAUCACGCCUUCAGCUGCCUGUGGGCCGACAAAGGCGUGCAAUUGACAAUCCUGAAGGGUAAUCAAUAUGCUCUACACGACAACCUCAGCUACUUCUUCCAAGACAUCGACCGACUCUUCAUGAAAGACUUCCUCCCCACAGACCAGGACAUUCUGCGUACACGACUACGAACAACGGGCAUCUCCGAGACCAUAUUCGAGCUGGGCAACCUGACAUACAAGAUGGUCGAUGUUGGUGGUCAACGAUCAGAACGCAAAAAGUGGAUCCACGUGUUCGACAACGUGCAGGUCGUACUCUUCCUUGUGGCUAUCAGUGGUUAUGACCAUGUCUUGGUGGAAGACAGGAAUGGGAAUCAAAUGCACGAAGCAUUGAUGCUCUUCGAGUCCAUAUCGAACUCCAAAUACUUCGAGAAGUCGGCUCUCAUCCUCUUCCUUAACAAAAUUGAUCUUUUCCGCGAGAAGGUCGCCGGCGGCAUGAGCCCAGUCGCACAGGUCUUCCCUGACUACACUGGAGGGCCGAACGAUGUCGAAGCAGGCCAGGAGUUCUUCGCAAACAAAUUCCGUAAUCUGGUACGGCAGCCCAAGAAGGAGGUCUACGUCCACUACACAAACGCUACGGAUACAGACUUGUUGAAAAAGACAAUGGCCUCGGUCCAGGACAUGAUCGUACAGCGCAACCUCAAUGCUCUGAUACUCUGA